UCACACACGCGCCAGCGCUCAUUGCGCCGGGAUAGUGGAUAGGCUUGCCUGUGCCCCGUAGGCUCAUUCCGAAGUCGAGCUUCCUCAAGCGUCGGCCAACAGUGCGUUCCUGAUGAUAUAAAGAUCCUUUUUUUUUUUUUUAAUCAACAUGGUGCAAAAAAAGAAGAAGUCGCAGAAAAAAAUAGAACCACCGGAACCCAAAGUAUCAUAUUUCCAAAUCUUCCGAUAUGCUAAGUGGGUGGAAAUACUGGCCACGAUCAUCGGGAUCAUAGCUGGACUGCUGAGUGGAGGCGGUGUGUCCUACAAUCUCGUGCAAUUUGGGGAAUUAAGCACAGCCUUCGUGGAGAGGACCGCUCAACAAGAACAAUGCUCCAGUCAUCUUCCCCUUACGUCGAUAUUCGGAGGUGGCCGACGGCUAUGCAACGCCUCAAACGACGAAAAUAUGAAGGCGCUGGUUGAAGACGCAACGUCGAUGGCAAUAGGAAUGUUCAUCAGCAUUGCAAUAUCUCUGAUACUAUGUAUGCUUUCCGUUGCCCUUAUAAGUUGGAGUGCUUUGAGACAGAUAACUAGAAUCCGCAUAAUAUUCCUUGAAGCAGUCCUGCGCCAAGAUAUGUCAUGGUUCGACACAGAUUCCGAGUUCAACUUGGCCACAAAAAUGACAGAUAAUAUGGUGAAGCUAAAAGAGGGAAUCGGUGAGAAGUUGGGCGUUGUGGCGAAUCUCGUCGGCACGGCAAUAAUAUGCUUAUGUCAGGCAUUCCCCAUGGGAUGGGAGCUAACCCUUGCCUGCGUCACAGUGGUCCCCUUCUCUAUUACUGCAUCUGUUAUUCUGUCAAAGUACCAAACUAAAUCUUCUAUUCGCGAACUAGAGUCUUACAGUCAAGCUGGUAAACAAGCAGAAGAAGUUUUGAAAUCAAUAAGGACAGUCGUUGCUUUUGGCGGAGAAAGUAAAGAAGUUGACAGGUAUCGGCGUCUUCUGGAGCCGGCAGAGCGUUAUGGCAAGAAACGUGGAUUAUAUACCGGACUAGGCACUGGGUUUAAUUGGGUAUUAACAUAUUCGCUAAAUGCAAUCGGUCUCACAUACGGAACGAGACUGGUCCUACUCGACUUAGAUAAGCCGACAGAUGAAAGAAAGUACCUCGUUGGAAUUUUAUUCAGCAUUUUAUUCAGCGUUUACAUGGCUACCCAAUCGAUCACUUUCUGCGUCCCUCACUCCGAAGUAUUCGCUUCGGCUCGUGGUGCUGCCGCGAGUAUAUUCAAGCUGCUUGAUAGAGAACCUACUAUCGACUCACUCAAACACACUGGAGUUUCACCAAGACGAGUCCUAGGUGAUAUUUCACUUGAAGACGUGCACUUUAGCUAUCCAUCAAGACCCAAUGUAAAGGUGCUUCAAGGAUUCUCUAUACACAUCAAAGCUGGUGAAUGUGUUGCACUUGUAGGAGCAUCCGGUUGCGGCAAGUCAACAAUACUACAGUUACUACAAAGAUUGUAUGACCCUCUCGUCGGCAGCGUAAAAUUAGAUGGUAGAAAUCUUAAAAACUUAAAUCUGAGCUGGCUUCGAUCUUCUUUGGGAGUGGUAGGUCAAGAACCAGUGCUGUUCCGAGGAACCAUUCAUGACAACAUUGCUAUUGGAAGCCCUGAAGCUACUCGGGAGGACGUGGAAAGGGUCGCUGAUAUGGCAUAUGCACAUGAUUUUAUCACACACUUACGUAAUGGCUACGACACAGUUAUUGGCGAACGAGGAGCGUCUCUUUCCGGGGGUCAAAAGCAGCGUAUAGCUAUUGCGCGCUCACUGCUUCGAGAGCCAGCUGUCCUUUUGCUUGACGAAGCCACAUCAGCUCUUGAUCCGCAUUCAGAGCGGCAGGUACAAGCUGCUUUAGACAGGGCGAGUGUGGGACGAACUACGCUUAUGGUAUCUCACAGGUUAUCCACCAUCGUUAAUGCUGAUCGUAUAAUUUGUAUGGACCAGGGAGCAAUAGUUGAACAAGGGACACAUGAAGAACUUAUGAAAGCAAAAAGUUUCUACUAUAAACUUGUGACUACUGGCAACGAAAGUAAGGAACCGGAUGUAAUAGAAACUUUACCUGAAGAAGAAAACGAUAACGCAGAUGGAGGUGACUUGGCUUUCGUAUCAAGGGUCGAGGUGAAGCGAAGAUCCACUAGAAGAUUAGCCAGGCAUCAUUCAUCAAAGAGGGAAUCACACGAUUGGAUGACACCGAGAGGUUCGAUCACAUCAGUGAUGUCCGCUGGCAUACAAAACUUUGUUUACAACGCAGACUAUGAUUCUGAUGAGGAGAAACAGGAUAAUGACGAGGAAGUAAAACCUGUUAGUGAUUGGCAACUCCUGAAGCUAAACGCACCGGAAUGGCCUUUCAUAGUUAUAGGUUCCAUCGCUGCCUUCAUACAAGGAUCUUGUUUCCCGAUGUUCGCAUUGCUGUUCGGAUACACAUCGGGGAUAUUUAUUUUGGAAAAUCGUAGCGAGAUCAUAUACCUGGCUGACUUCUAUUCUGGCAUGUUCCUCGUGGUAGCAGCAGUCGCCGGUUUAUCUAUGUUCCUUCAAAGCACUACGUUUACAAACGCUGGCCUCAACAUGACAACCAGACUACGGCAACAAUAUUUCGCUGCUCUACUCAGACAAGAAAUCGCGUUUUUCGAUAAAGAAACGAACACAGUAGGAGCUUUGUGCUCUCGACUCAGCGGGGACGCGGCGGAAGUCCAGGGAGCGACCGGACUAAGGAUCGGUCUAAUCUUGCAAGGCACUAGUUCUGUGGUAGUUGGCUUCAUCAUGGCGAUCUGUUACAACUGGAAGCUUACCCUUGUCGGCACUGCCUUUCUGCCUUUGAUGGUUGGAAGUAUAUGGCUAGAAGGAAUAGUUUCACAACAAUCGCAGUCAGAUGAGCGAAAUGCUAUGGAGUCGGCGACAUCGAUCGCUACAGAGGCAGUUGUCAGCAUAAAAACUGUUCAAAGUUUAGGCGUUGAAGAGAUAUUCCUCGCAAAGUUCAAGGAAGCCUUGGCGGUUUCAUGCGCUGCCGUAGCCAGGAAGACUAGAUGGAGAGGUCUCGUACUGGGUCUGGGUGUUUAUGUGCCAUUCCUCUCCUACUGCAGUGCGACUGUUUACGGAGCGGUUCUCGUCGCAUACGAAGGACUUGAAUACAAAGUUGUACUGCUGGUUAAUGAAGCUAUUAUGUAUGGAGCAUACAUGUUGGGACAGUCACUAGUCUACGCACCGAGUUUUAACUCAGCUAAAGCUUGCGGAGCGAGGAUUUUGUCUAUCAUAUACAGAGAACCAAAAGUAAAAACUGAAGCAGAAGUAAAAGACAGGAAAGAAUGGUCGGCGACAGGCAACUUCAAUAUCAAGGACGUGGAGUUCACCUAUCCAACGCGUCCAAACCAGCCAGUACUUCGAGGCAUAGAUCUGAAAGUUGAUGCUGGCAAGACAGUUGCUCUAGUGGGAUCUUCAGGGUGCGGCAAGUCUACUGUAUUACAGCUGAUGCAGAGAUUUUACGACCCUGACUCGGGCAAUAUAGAACUGGAUAACCGUGACACUCGGGCAAGUCUCACGCUUCCGCGGCUACGACGACAGCUGGGCGUGGUCCAGCAGGAGCCGGUGCUCUUCGAUCGUACCAUUGCUGACAAUAUAGCGUAUGGAGACAGCAACCGAAAAGUCACCACACAAGAAAUUAUCGCCGCUGCGAAAGCUGCCAACAUCCAUAGCUUUAUUGUCUCUCUUCCUAAGGGAUACGAAACAAACCUAGGCUCAAGCGGUGCACAGUUGUCCGGUGGUCAAAAACAAAGAGUUUGUAUUGCAAGAGCGCUGAUAAGAUCCCCUCGUCUGCUGCUUCUAGAUGAAGCAACUUCUGCACUGGACGCUAACAGCGAAAGAGCGGUUUCAGAAGCUUUGGAAAAGGCGGCUAAGGGUAGAACCUGCAUAACAAUUGCCCAUCGUCUUUCUACUAUAAAAGAUGCAGAUUUAAUUUGCGUUAUAGACAAAGGAAAAAUCGUUGAACAGGGAACACAUACAGAACUACUCAACCUGAAGGGCUACUAUUGGCGGAUGGGUAAAGGGCAGAAUAUAGCUUAGAAACAACCCUAGGAAUGAAGGCAAUGAAAAUCGAAAAGAUGCUGGAAGCACUUCCUAAAUAUAAGUGGAUAUAAUGUCAAUUACUCGUUUAGUUCUAUGGUAUCCUACUGAUUUUUAGUUGAAUGCCGCGACAUUUAAGUAAUAGGUAUAAUAGUAUUAAGCCCAGUAUAAGUGUGUUAAAUAAUAACCAACGCGAAUGCUAUUAAUAUAACUAUUAGAGCCUCUUAUAGUCCCGGUGUAUCCAUUAUGUUUAUUUAAUUAUAAUAAGCGAAAGGCGCUCGCCAGGUUAUUCAAAAAUGAUCAGUUAGAUCAUUGGCACGAUUUGUUUUGCAUUACAAGUCAACGCUUCUGUUGUCAAAAAUAUGAUCAUUUGUAAGAUAUCUAGGUACGCCUAAAGCGUGCUACUCUCAUGGUAGUAGGUUAGUGUUUCGCUACUUGAAAAGAACUUCAGACUGUGAGCAUUCAAAUCUCAUUUUACCCGGAAUACAUACAAUAUUCUGUAGCCUAAAGAUAUUUGGUAUUUAGAAUAUUUUUUAACGUUUAUACAUUAUAAGUUCGUAUCUAAAAUUUAUAAUUAAGAUGUAGUAAGAAUAGAAAUAAGAUUUUGAUAUAAAAUAAAACGAUUGAUUGUUAAAUCAUU